UAUGGCUAUUCCAGGACAAAAGUAAACUCAGAUCAGCGUGAUUUUCGCAAAGUCAGACCUUUUGAUGAAUUAGAUGAAUCUGUGCAGGAAUUUAAUACAACAGAAUAUGAUCAAUCAUUCAGAAGAACAAGAGGCAAUCUGAACAGUAGAGGUAGAGGUGUGCUUAAUUUUCAAGGUAGAGGACUUCCACACAAAAUUUCUCUCCAAAACAGAAACAGAAAUCCCUCUCCAAUUAAAACAUUUCUUGAGAGCCUGGAACAGUCUACGUCAGAAUAUUACCCAAAAAAUAUAUUAAAAGACAAUCGUCGGUCAGCAGAAUUCCGUAACAACAGUCCCUUCCAGUAUGACAAUCAAAACAGGAAAAGACAUUAUACUUAUGAUGAUGUUAACCCGUACCAGUCAAAGAAAACGAGAAGCAGUUCUGGAUUGAGAACUCAAGAUCGAGUAAGAUACAGGUCUGGUUCAGGAGGUCAAUCAAGUACGCAUUCUCAGAGUCCUUUCCGAAAUGACGGAUAUAAAUCAUAUCAAUAUCAGAGAAAUUCCAAGGAAUUCUUACGAACACAAUACUACAGAUCAGGAAGUCCAUCAAGUUUAAGUUCUAGGAGUUCAUCUAGAAAUGGUAGAUACCGAUCACGUAGUAGACAAAGAUCUAGAGACAGACGUGACAGAACAAGAAGUCUGUCAAGUUCACGUUCACAAAGUUCAUCAAGGAGACGUUACAGGUCAAGAAGUUUAUCAAGUUCACGUUCACGAAGUUUUUCUAGAAAUAGUGGAUACAGAUCAUAUAGUGGACAGGGGUCAAGUGACAGGAGAGACAGGCGCUACAAAACAAGAAGUCCAUCUAGUUCACGAAGUUCAUCAAGGAGUAGUGCAUACAGGUCAAAUAGUCGGCGAAGGUCAAGAGACAGAAAAAGAAGAGAUUACAGAUCAAGAACUCCAUCAAGUUCACAAAGUCCAUCAAGGAAUAGAGCAUACAGAUCAAACAGUCGACAAAGAUCAAGAGACAGGAGAGAAGAUAGACGAUACAAAUCAAGAAGUCCAUCAAGAAGGUAUUUUAGUCCAUUGAGAUACAGAUCACAAAGUCGUGAAAGAAGUUCCAGACGGAGGUCAGGUGACAGAGCUCAUAGAUCAAAAAGUCGAUCACGAAGCUAUUCACCUGCCAAAUAUAGUAAUGCAAGAUACAAGAGGAAAAGCAAUGAAAGAUCACCUUCCUCUAAAAAUCAAUCUCAUGGACUUCAAAGGAGGGAAUCAGAAAGAAGUUUAAGUAGUAUGUCAUCAACAGAGUCCUCAUCAAGAUCAGGGUCUUCAUCAAGAAGUGUAAGUCCAAACUCAGAAAGAAGUAGAAGCAAGACACCUAUUCGCAGAGAGAGAACAAUUUCACCAUCACAGAGAAAUAAAAAUGUAGGUGAAAAAAAGACAUUCAAGCGUGGAAGAUUUCUUGAUCGAAAACCAAGCAGAAAUGAGGCCUUUGUUAGGAGAGAGUAUGAAAAAUAUGAGAAAGAAAAGGAAGAACAAAUGCUGGCAAAUGUUGAUGAUCUGUUAGGAAAACUUGUUGGAAAUGUUGCAGAGCAUAGUCAGUUGGAGCUAGGAAAUGGAACAAUCACUUCUAAAGAAAUUGGAGAAUCUUCUACAUCUGAAAUAACAAAGAGUCAAGCAGUGGAGAGUGAAUACAGAACUAUUCAAAUUAAGCCAAAAUCACCUACAAAUACAAGUCUUCCCAUAUCUCGAGAUGUCAAUCAGCAUCCAUCAUCUCUGCAUGAAAAUCUACGAAUUUCUCUUCAUUCAGAUCAGGAGAGAAAUGUAGUGUGUGAAAGAGACCUAGCAGAAAAAAAAGAACCAUGUAGUGCUAAAAAGCGAAAACAUUCUUUGGAAGGAUUUGACAAAGAAAAUCUGUCAGACUUUACUGGUGCAAAGAAAAGUAAAAAGAUCUUGAUUAAUCUGAAAAACAGACAAAAGUUAGAUGAUGGAGGAGUCAACAAGAGGAUGGAUUCUACAGAUAAUUCCAUUGAAUUGGAGAUGGGUAAAGGAAAUGCAGCUCCAAAUAUGAACUGUCAAUUAGGUUUACAUCAAAGUAAUAGUAUUCAAGAGAAAGCAACACCAAACCUUGCAAGUGAAAACAGGGAAUCACAAAAAAUAAAAGUUCCGGAGGCUGAAACUAAAAUCAUACAGACACAUGAGAGUGCAAAUGAGAUCAUGCUGAAUAAAGAAAAUAUGACUCAAGAAAAGGUAAAACAAUCCAUUGAGUUAUCAAUAAAUAUUUCAAAGCAACAAUUACCUCCUUCUUUGUUGAAGAGCAUUGCUUUGAUUAAAGAACCUGAAAACAGAAGCACAGUAGAAACUGCUCCUACAGAACAAAUGCCAUCUCUUGGAAUACAAGUUGAAAAAAAUCCUCAGCUGAACUCUGAUUCCUCAGACUUAGGAUUGUUGUCAUUUGAUGAAUUCACAGAUUCUGAUCAGGAAUUAAGUUCUAAGGCUUCCAAUAAAGAAGGAAAUUCCAGCAAUAUUUCCAAGACAAACCAAGAUGUGAUUCAACCAAAAUCUAAUGAAUUAUCAUCCAAUGUUGAGACAAUGAAAGCGAUGGGCAUGGAAAAGUCAGUGAAUCAAAAAUCAGAUAAUGCACUUAGUAACAUAGCUGAUUUUUAUGAUGAACUAUCCAAUGAUUCAGUAGAUGAAGCGGGAAAAAAUUAUGGUCAAUCAUCAGGACCUAAUGAUCAAGCAAUGGUUAAAACAUCUACACCAAUCAAAAACAUUGAGGUCUCUAAUGGAAAAAUAAAAGAGAGAGACAGCGAAGUUGUGAAACAUAGCCUAUUUACAACAAACUCUUCAGUGAUUGAUCACAAUAAAUCAAGUCGCAGUGAAAUGCAGAAUAGCCUGGAUGCUUUGAAUGAACCACAGAUAAUGAAGAGUGCUGAAGAUCAAGAAUCCGAGAUAACUAACAUAUCAUGUGUGGAGUUUCAGGAAAAGUCUUCUAAAGAAAAAAGCCUCAACUCUGCUAUGGGAAGCUCAAAAACUUGUAAAUCAGUUGUAGAUUGUUCAGGUGGGAAGGAGUUUCAGGAGAAGUCUCCUAGAGAAAAAAGCUUCAACUCUGCUGUAGAAAGUUCACAAACUUGUACAUCAGUUCUAGAUUGUUCAGAUGGUACCAAUAGUGAUCAGAAGAGGAGAGACACUAGUCAGAAAAAGGAUAACAGUGCUACCAAAAGUGAGAAAAGUCUUAAAUCCAAAACACCAGAGAAUAAAUCUUCCAAGGAACUCUCAGUGGAUGUUACAGCAACAAAAGACAAAAUCAGUGAUAAACCUGAUGAAAAAGGUAAAAAGAUUUUACCUAACAAGACACGAACAGAUAAAUUUAAACCCAAGUUAAGUGAAGUACCACCUAAACUCAGUUCACACACAAUAAAAGUGCAAAAUACUAAAGAUAUUAAAUCACCAGAAUCUAAGAAAGAAAACAAGAGUGGGCAUAAUUCCUCAACAAAUACUAUCUGUGAUGAAACUUUGCCAAAACUUGUGUCAAGGAAGGACAAGAAAAGAGAUGCAUCAACAACCUCUAUUGAAUCAAGUGACAUGGAAAAUUCCAAAUCAAGACUGAAAGAAGGAGCAAAGAAGAAAGAUAAAGAAAACCACAAAGAAACAGAUCAAGAAGCACUGAAAGCCUGUACUAAAAACUUAACCGAUACAAGUGAUACUGAAAGAAAACAACUGGCACCCAAGGGAAAUGAUAAGAAUUCUUCUAAAUUUAACAACAAAGAAAUACUGAAGAAAUCAAGGAAACAAAAUCAAAAAUUACCGAAGAUUAAACUGAUUGAUCAAGAAGACCUAUUUCAACCAGAUGCUCCACUGAAAAGAUCUCAUUCUGGUUUAUUGAAAUCAAAAGAAACGAAAAGUAAAGAACAUGGAACCUCUUCAUUCACAAAAGACAACAAAAUGAAGUCAUCUGCAAUGAUAUCCUCAAAAACUACUACUAAAACAGCAAAUAAACUGCUAAAAAAUACUGCAUCUGCUCUUACAAGUAAACCAAGCAAAUCCCUAAAUGCAGCAGAUCAGUCAACAAAGGUAUGUGAUAAAGAAUCCACUGAUGACACAGAGAGCACUUCAGAAACAGACAAAUCAUCUCCAUCAAAGAAAGCAGGACAGGAAGAAAAUGGCUCUGAAAAUAGAAAAACGGAAACCACAGAGAACAGUAUCUCAAGAAGUCAAGUUGCAGAUGGUAAUGACAAAGAAAAUGGAAGAAAAGUUGAUGAAGUUCCUAAAAUUUCCCCUCUUGGAGGAAAGAGGCAAAGUAGAACUUUGUCUGUGGAACAGCUCAAGGUUCUGGAGAAAAAUAAGGAAGUAAGACAAAGAACUUGCAUGGAAUUAAAGCAUGGGCACACAGGUGGAAGGAAAAUGUUAAAAUCAGAGAAGUUCCAAAAAUUGAAACAUCGAGUACAUGCAGAGGCUCUUCAUGGUAAAAUUGUGAAUAAACAUGGAGUCUCAAAACUUAAAUGUCAAAGUAGAGAUGAAGGGAAAAGGAAAGUCUUGUCGAAUUUAUCAACCCAGAAAACCUCAAAUGAAUCGACUAAAACUCAAGAAAUUAAAAAGCCAUUGCCAAAAAGUAAACAAAGUGAAACAGAUAUUAUUGCCAAAAGCAUUUUGCAAAAAGUACCUGGUAGAAUAGAAAUUUAUGACACAAAUUUUGAAAAAGUGGCAUAUUCAUCAAAGGAAACAACUAAAGAAGCUACCAGUAAUGCCAUUAGAAGAGAAACUGAAACAGAUGAAAUUCAGGUUUCUGAUGGGAGCCUAAAUCUGCAAGAGUAUAGAAAUGUUAAUGAAGAUGUAGAAGAUGCAGAUAUUGCCUCUGAUGAUGAAAAUCUUCAAAUUGAUCUAGAAUCAAAAUCGCCAGACAAGAGGAAUGCUUCUAGCAACAGGGAGCAAAAUCACCAAGAGAGAAACCAAGUAGAUGGCAAAGAGAAGGCAACUAAUAUCCAAGACAAAACAGUGGAAUUUUCUCAGGACUGUGCCAAGACAAGUAAACAAAACAUAAUAAAACCAACCAUUAAUGAAGAGGUGAGGAAAGAUGUCACUGAAGAAACAUCAAGAGGGCCUGCUAAGAACCUAUUAGAUAUAGAAUUGUUUUCUCCAGCAAACCCUUUGGGUACCAUAACAGAAGAUCAAAUUGACUACAGUGACAUACGGAUAAUGUACUACAAUUGUGGUAUACCCCAAAGCCCAUAUGUGGCUGAAGAAGACAUUGGCAGUGCACCAACACCUGGUAAAAUAAAACCUCAAAGAGAGAUUAUACCAAGCAGCAAACCAGGGACACCUAGUAAAAACAGCAGCCCAGGAACAGAUCGGACUACCAAAAAGAUUUUGAGUGAAGAGGACUUCCCAAUGUUAUCUAUUCCUGAUACAAACACGCUGCAAGGGCAAGAGAGUCAAAAAGACACAAUCCCAAGCAGUAGACCAGAAACCCCCAAUGUAAGUGGCAGUACAGGGACUGAACAAACUGCAAGGAAAAUUCUACCAGAGGAGGAACUUCCAAUGUUGUUCACAACAAACACAACUUCACUGCAGACAGAAAGUAAUAGUGGAGCAACUAAUGUUAGCAAUUCCCAAGAAACAGAAGCAUCAUCAGAUUACGGAACAGACAGUAACAGGGGAACUCCUUAUUCAGAUAUAUCUGAACCUUGUGAUGAACCCGACAACAUAAAAACUGAUAAACCCUUUGUAUCAAACCUACCAACAAUUAUGCCAGGCCAUAGAAAUUUAGGAUUGAAUGCAAAUGAAAAUUUUCAACAUCAUACAGAUGCACAGCGAGUGCUCAGUUUUCUUUCAAAAUUGAGGAGAGAGAAUCUGGAGAACUUCAAACCUAUUGGUUUUACCCACCGCAAGUCUUUUAAAAAUAUGCAGCUGCCAAAUCCAAAUGCCAGCUUGACUGUUGGUUUUCUGGAGCCAGAAAAAUUCAAGGAUCCAAAACUGCAGUGCAUAAGGUGCAAUUUGUGCAGUAAAUAUUUUGAUCCCUGUGGAUUCCUGCUGCACUAUGAUAGUGAGGUGAUGAAACUUGAUGAGAAGAAGUGUCUUCUGACUGAGCCCCAGCCUGCAGUGGGUGACAUGGAGCCUCAGGUCAGGAAGAUCUGGGAUUACCUGAUUACACUGAAGAAUUUCUUGGUUGAUGCAAAGAUAAGUAGUCUAGGUUUGCAUAUGGAAAAAAAUACAAAGAAAGGAAAUGGCGAUGAGACACUUGGAACACAGGAAGAAAAUAUGUUAGAUAUCCAAAGCAACAGGAGAAACUCAUCAACUGAUGAAAGAGGAAGGCAUACUCUUGGAAAUGAAAAUGCACCAACUGCUAAAGUUUCAUCAUAUGACAUAAUGGGGAAAAAAUCGGUACAAAAUACAAAUGCUCCUAGGCAAUUAGAACAGUUGUUGAGAUAUAGUCAAUGUGAGGUAACUACAAAUCAGUCAACAGUUACAACAGAUUUACCAACCACAAGGAUGCAAGCUUCUACUACUAUUGGAGGAUUUAACUCCUUAGAAGUUACUAAUGUGGAAUUUGUGCAACGGCAGAAUGCUGCCAAGAGAACAGGUUAUAAUCAUGUGACACAGGGUUCCACUGAUUCUCUAUCUACAGGAAUGUCUCAUCCAUCAUUAAGAGCCCAACAGGUUCAGAAUAUAAUGCCACCUCCUGCUCAAAUGCGAAACAGCUUCCUGCUUCCUAGCUGUACUCAAAGUGAUCAAACCAGAAGGAGAUCUCUGGAAAGUUUUCAUCCAAAUUCAAAUAAUGUGGCAGCUGAGAUCCGGAACACAAGAUCUGUCAGUGAUGAUUUGAUGGCAGCUAAAAACUUCAAAAAAGACCUGCACCAGAGGUAUCAAGAGCAACGAAAUGCAGCAUAUUAUCAGCAACCAAAUUUAAACAUUCAGACAUCAAUGACAUUUUCUGGACCUCAGAAUUCUUCUCAGUUUUUGAUGAGGUCAAUGGGAUCACAAGAAACAUUGAAUCUGAAUGAAAAUCCAUUAAACAGGACAACUCAUCAAAAUGUCAAUUAUCAAAACAACCCAUCUGUAAUACAAACAUUGCACCAGCAAGUAGCAAAUAGGCUAAUGGCACAGAAUGUCACACAGUCAUCAGAGCUGCAAAUAAACCAGCAAAGGGCAUCUAGUUUACAGCAAUCUGUGGAAAGUCAUACAAGACACCAGAUGAGACUUCCACCUCCACCCUAUCAAGCAGCUUGUAUGAAUAAACAUUCCACUGGGUCUCCUGCUCAGGUAGGACCAACCAAUCAUGACCAGUUCUUUAUGACACAUCCUCAUCUUCAACAAAUGGGAACUACCCAGAUUCAACCUUCUGCAGUGCAUCUUUCACAGCAACAAAUGGGAACCAACCAAUUUCAAUCUUCUGCAGUCCAUCUAUCACAGCAACAGAUUGGAACCAACCAAGUUCAAACUUUUGCAGUGCAUUCUUCACAGCAACAAAUGGGAACCAAUCAGGUUCAACCUUCUACAAUGCAUCCUUCACAGCAACAGAUGGGAACUAACCAAGUACAAGCUUCUACAGUGCCUCUUUCACAUCAACAAAUGGGAAUCAACCAAGUUCAAACCUCUGCAAUGCAUCUUUCACAGCAACAAACGGGAAUCAACCAAGUUCAACCAUCUGGAAUGCAUCUUUCACAGCAACAAAUGUACAAUCAAGUGCCGCCAUCUACUAUAUCCCCAGCUCAUCAAAACAUUACCACAGAUAAUCAGGUUCCAUCAACUAUGAUUGCUUCAGCUCAUCUGAACUUGUUAGCCAAUCAAGUUAUAUCAGCCAGCAAUCAUUCCUCUCAGCAAAAUAUGGGCUUCUACCAGCAUCAGCAUCCAACCAUGCAGACCUCUGUUACCAGUUCCACCACCACUCAUUAUUCAAAAUCUACCCACCAACAGCAAAUCAGUCAUAUUUCUCAAAGACAAAAUAAUGGCCAAGGAAUGCAUUCUGACAGAGCAUUGACAGUUAGUAAUCAACCAGUCAGUAAUCAUAAUUGUAGAUUAGACCAGUCUAGUUUCAGUGGUCAGAUAUAUCAGUCAAAGCCAAGUCAAAAUUCUAACACCCAGGGUGCUUCACCACAAAUGAGCAGAAGUGAAAACAACCAGUUAACUAGUGGACAAGUUAUAUUAAGCAGAAGUGAAACCAACCAAACAACCAGUGGGCAAGCUAAGGUUAGUCCAGUCAGUGAAGCCAAUCAAUUAUCUUCUAGACAAGUGGAGAAGAUUAGCCCUGCCAGGGAUGUGCAGAGCUUUCUUCAGAAAGCCAGUAAAAAGGUGUCCAGCUUCAAUCCAGGUUGUGUGGAUUCAGCAAGUGUUAAUCCAUCAAAGUCAGAUUCUUCAAUUGACAGCCAACAGCAAAGUUUGUUAGCACAGGAAAAUGAUGGAAAACAAAACCAUCUUUCAAAUGAGAAUACUCCUGUUUCUGCAACCAAUGCAAUAUCCAGCAAACAAGGAAUGAACACCUGUUCCAAUGAACCAAACAAAAGUAAAAGUCUCCUUGAAUCUGCAGCAGAGUUAGCACAGAGGAUUAAUGGGCCUGCAGAAGUACAAAAAAGAGUGGUAGGUUCCUGUGUGAAUAUGAUGGCCUCUGUGAUGUGGUUGUAUGAACAAUUUAAGGAAACAAGAGCUGAAGUGACGACAGCAAAGCAGGAACUGCAGCACUGUAAGGGAGAAAUAACAAAGGCAGUGAAUGAAUAUCAUGCUACAGAGGAGUUGAUGACACAGAAGAUAAAUGAAGUUUUAGCCAAGAUGCCGAAGUAAAAGAACUGUUUGCCAUCAGAUAAAUGAUCUGAAGCAACACAGGAAAAGAAGACAGAAAAUACCUAGUGCAGAAUUUUUUCCUCCAUGAAUUAUGGUGAAAAAUUGGAGAAAAAAAUCCCAAACAGAUAAAUAGGACAAAGGAUGAAAAGCUAUGGAAAGAGAAGGACUUUUUUCAGCCCUUUUUGCAGCCACAAGCUUAUUAGUUUGUAGAAUAAUGGAUAUUCCCAUGUGACAGUAUCAUGAACAGUACUGUUUGUAAAGAAUUUAUCUUAGUAGGAAUACCAGCAUGGGCUUUGAAAAAUUGUAGAAAAAUAAAUACUGUAUACAGGAAAAUUUUUGCCGCUGUUUUAUUGUCCCCUUUGUUGCAGGUGGGCAGAUUUGGGGGAAAAAAACAACUAAAAAAAACAGCACCAUCUCUCAAACACAACUGUGUCUGCGCAAAUUUAAAAUAAGGCAAAAUUGAAAGUGUGAAAUGGCAAAAAUAAAAUAGGGUGAAAGAUAACCUUGUAUACAGUAUUUACAUGUGAAAUUGUUAUGAAAGUUACUAUAUGUACAUGAUGUAGUUUAGUUGAAACGGCAGCAUAUUAACCUAUGUUGAAUGGUGCAUUCUUGUAAAUUAGUUUAGUCUCAGGAUGUAUAUACUUGUAAUCAACUGUAUGUUUCUCUCUUGUUUUAAAUUCAAACUUUCUACUGCCAUGUUUGAUAUUUUUGGCAUACUGUUAGUUUGGAUUUUAAGAUGAAAAAACUUCAGCCUUGCUUUAAAUAUCACAAAAGACAAAGAAAUUCUUUUGUAAAUAAGAUAUGUGUGUGUUUUUAAUAGCUAGAUAUGCUACACCAUUGCUUUUUUUGUCAUUGAUUUUUGUAUAAUUACCUCUUGAUUAUUCUCCGUCCCAUGUCUUUUUAGGUUUGAAUCUGAAGUAGACUGUUACCACUCAAUCAGUGUGUUCAUAGAAAAAUACUGGAAACAAAAUAUGCAUUGUUUUAUGCAAUUUGCAUUAUCAGCCAAUACCAGAUGUGUUCAGCUAAUUUUCUUAUCAGCAGUUACGGGUAUAUAUCUAACAUUAUACAUUAAAAGACAAUCUCAGAUGUAAUAGACUCCGUGUUCUCAAGUGUUUAUAUGAGAGGAGGUUAUAACCUUCACAUACUUUGAAACCAGUUUAGUGCUAUUUCUAUCUUUCUGUAUGGCUUAUACCUGCGUACAUGAACAAUGAUUAGCAUAAUAAUUAUUUAAAUUCAAAACAAAUAUUAUAUAUAUUUGUUAUAUAGCAGAGGUUCACUUUGUAACAAUUGGUUAAAUUGGUUAUGUCAAUUUUUGCUAAUGAAUUGUAAAGUGAUUUUUUUUUUUUUUGGUGAAAACAAUGUUAAGGUAUACAUCAAAACAUGAUUUUUUUUUUUUUUAUAAUUUUCAGAAAACUUGAGAUUGAAUUUCUAAAGUAGAGAGUACACCAGAAGUUACAUUUUAUUUGUGGAUUUGAAUGGGAUAUUGUUUCUGUUUGUUGUCGAGCUUAAAACCUGUAUCAUCCUUUAUUUUUGAAAAAAUAUAACCGAGUGAAAUAUAUGGUACUGGCAUUGUGAUUAUCUGAUCUGUUCUUUACAUUUUGAAUCCAUGUUGUGAAAUAUUAAGGGAGAUACUACAAAUUUUUGAGCACUAUGAACACAUUAAAUAUAUUUUGUUUAUUUAAUCUUGUCUGAGAAUUUAAAAUAUGCUGUAUAAUAAGGCACUAAAGAGUGUGCCAUGUAUGAUUUUAAUUGAAAUGUGUAUUUGGAGAGUACUUUUAGCAAAAAUGUUGUUGUCAUUGUUGAAAAUCUAAGAAAUCCAUAAAAAGUGUUUUUUAAGCUCUUUUACACUUUUAUACUGCUGGAAUAAAUCAAUUUACCCAUGA